AUGAGCGUAUUAUCCAGCAUCAGAGCCCAUCCAGAGUCAAAGCCUGCUAAUCAGAUACACAUGCUUGAAGGAACUCUGGGGAGUGCCAAAUCCUUAGGCGACCGCGAAGAUGGACGCUCGACUGGGCGUGCUAAACCUAGUGAAUUUGCCCGACAGUGGAUCAAAGUCCAACGGUUGACCGGUGAAUCAUGA